GUGAGACUAAUCGCUGAUAUCAUGGGCUUAUGUAUUUCAUUUUGGCCCACUCACCUGGAUAUUCGUCGUCCUUAUUUUAUAUAUACACUAUGAUUGAUUAUUUAAUAACUUGUUAAUUCUGUUCAAUAAUAUUACGUAGAGUAUCAACGUGCGUAACAAAAAAUAAAAUGUACAUUUCUAGAAGUUCUAACAAAAAAUAUCUUAGUACCGUGUUUUUUGUCAACCCUGAAGAAAACAUCAUGAAAUGCUAAUUUUUAAUUUUAAAAAAAAUUAUAAGAUUGGGUGAUUUUCCGUUUCAAGAACUGGGGAAGACAUGUAUUGUGUUGGAAGCACGUUGUUCGAUAUGGACACAUGAAUAUUCAAAGAACUAUAUAAUCAAAUUAAUAUUUUCUAGUGUCUGAAAUAUUAUGUCACAAUCUUUUUAUAACAAUUAGACAAUUCUAAAGCUAAGUUCAAAAAAAUAAAUAAAAAAAUUAGACAAUUCUAGAUGUUACCACAAAAUCCACUAUAAUCAAAAUCAAUUUACAAAAUCAACUGUAAUCAAAUUAAUAUUCAUUUAAUAAAGAAAAACUAUUAUUAUUUAUAUAUAUAUAUAUAUAUAUAAAUAUAAGAGACUCAUACGCAUUGAGCGGAAUUGCAUCUAACUAGUAAAAGAAAAAACCGAGUCCCACACUUCCCGCGAAAACCUCAGUCUCUCUCUCUCUCUCCUUCCUUCUAUCUCUCUCUUUCGCAACCGCUUCUCUGUGUUAACCUUUUGGUAAUGUAAAUAUGAAAACCAAAUUAAUCCUCUAAAAAAGGUAUUCAGAAAUCUCGAUCCCUAUUACCAAAUGUCGCCGAUGUCUACGACGGAACAGUCGCAUGAGCAUAAUCGUGAUCCGCAAUUGACCACCGUGAAACACCUGGAGAAGAUCCCUGAGAAUCCUUCCCGCCAAUCGGGCGACGAUGAAGCUGCUGCGGAAGGUUCCACCACGAGGAGCCAGGAUUCUCCCGAAAUGCUUGGUCCUUCUUCCUUAGGUCUGAAUCACAUCAGAACGAAAUCAUCUCCGGCUCCGUCUCCUUUGGGAUUUUCGUCGGCCACGCCUUCGGUUCAGGAGAAAGCUAGGGUUGGGGCUGCUGAUGCUCGCGCCGAUGCGCGUGCCAGAUGGCCGAUUCCUCCCCAUCAACCCGAUCAAGGAAAGAAAGUUCAAUGGACGCAAUCAAAAUCUCUGCGGGUGCCUGUAAACACCAAUCCAGGGAUAGAGACUUCUCAUGUUGGUCUUGCGAAGGAAACACAUUCUCCACGUUUUCAAGCGAUACUGCGUGUCACAAGUGGACGUAAGAAGAAACCUCAUGAUAUCAAGAGCUUCUCUCAUGAACUCAACUCCAAAGGUGUUAGGCCUUUCCCCGUGUGGAGGUCUCGAGCUGUUGGUCACAUGGAGGAGAUUAUGGGGGCGAUUAGAACCAAGUUUGAUAGACAAAAGGAGGAUGUUGAUGCUGAUUUGGGAGUUUUUGCUGGCUACUUGGUCACCACUCUUGAGAGCACUCCUGUAUCUAACAAAGAGUUGAGAACGGGUCUCGAGGAUCUGUUGGUGGAGGCUCGCCAAUGUGCAACCAUGCCAGCGAGUGAGUUUUGGCUCAAAUGUGAAGGGAUUGUUCAAAAGCUAGAUGAUAAACGUCAGGAGCUACCCAUGGGGGGACUCAAGCAGGCUCAUAACCGUCUUCUUUUCAUCCUUACUCGCUGCAAUAGGCUCGUGCAGUUUCGUAAAGAGAGCGGUUAUGUUGAAGAGCACAUUCUUGGGAUGCAUCAGCUUAGUGAUCUCGGUGUUUAUCCUGAACAGAUGGUAGCGAUUUCGAGACAGCAGGACCUUCUUCGAGAGAAGGAGAUCCAAAGCAUUAACGAAAAGCAGAAUCUUGAUCACAACUCCAACAGUGGAGGUGAUGGGAAUGAAGUCAACACUGCUAAAAGUAAUGAUUCAACUUCGAGCAAUUUCCGGAUGUCAUCCUGGAAGAAGCUUCCGUCUGCUGCCGAGAAGAACCGUAGUGCUAAUACUACUCCCAAGGCGAAAGGAGAGGGAAAAAUCCAACCAAAAGUGUAUGGAGAUGAAAACGCUGAAGGCUUGCAUAGCCCCUCAGGCCAGCCUGCAUCCGCAGGAAAAGGUGACAUGUGGGGUUUCUGGGCGGAUCAUCAAUGUAUGACAUACGAUAACUCCAUGAUUUGCCGUAUCUGCGAAGUUGAAAUACCAGUUGUACAUGUAGAAGAGCACUCUCGAAUCUGCACCAUCGCUGAUAGGUGUGACUUGAAGGGGAUACAUGUGAACGUGAGACUUGAAAGAGUAGCUGAAAGUCUUGAGACAAUUCUGGAGUCAUGGACGCCCAAGUGCGGAACCCCGAGAGGAAUUGCUGAUAAUGCUACAUUCAGUAGACAUGAAGAUAUGGAUGAAAGCUCUCAUAGAUGUUCAGAUGACAUGCUUGAUUGUGUUCCUCGUUCCGAGAAUACAUUUUCUUCGGAUGAACUGAAAAUCUUGAAUGAAGUGUCUAUGACGAAUGAAGCAAAAGACUUGUCAGCAGGAAGCUUGACACCACCAUCACCAGGAACACCAAGAAAAAGCCAAGUAGAUUUGCUACUAAGUGGUGGUCGGAAAACAAUAACAGAGCUUGAGAAUUAUCAACAGAUAAACAAGUUGCUAGAGAUUGCUCGCUCUGUGGCAAAUGUGAAUUUAUGUGGAUACAGCUCAUUGGACUUUAUGAUUGAGCAGUUGGAUGAGCUAAAGUACGUCAUUCAGGAUAGGAAGGCAGACGCCCUCGUGGUAGAAACGUUUGGAAGGAGAAUAGAGAAGCUAUUGCAGGAGAAGUACAUUGAACUUUGUGGACAGAUAGAUGAUGAAAAAGUAGACUCAUCGAAAGCCACCGCGGAUGAAGAAAGCUCAGCAGAUGAGGAUACAGUGCGUAGCUUACGGGCAAGCCCACUUAAUCCACGCGCCAAUGAUCGAACAUCAAUAGAAGAUUUUGAAAUUAUAAAACCAAUCAGCCGCGGUGCAUUUGGAAGAGUGUUUCUUGCAAGGAAAAGGGCAACUGGUGAUUUGUUCGCUAUUAAGGUUCUAAAGAAGGCUGAUAUGAUCCGUAAGAAUGCUGUUGAGAGUAUUUUAGCGGAGCGUAACAUCCUUAUCUCAAUUCGUAACCCAUUCGUGGUCCGGUUCUUCUAUUCUUUCACAUGCCGUGAAAAUCUUUAUCUGGUCAUGGAGUACUUAAAUGGUGGAGAUCUCUUUUCUUUGCUGAAAAAUCUUGGUUGCUUGGACGAAGACAUGGCCCGUAUUUAUAUUGCAGAAGUUGUUCUUGCACUGGAGUAUUUGCAUUCUGUAAAUAUCAUUCACAGAGACUUAAAGCCAGACAAUCUGUUGAUCAACCAGGAUGGUCACAUCAAGUUGACAGACUUUGGGCUUUCCAAGGUUGGUCUUAUCAACAGCACAGAUGACUUAUCAGGUGAUGCAUCAUUGGGAAAUAGUGAAUUUUUAGCCGAAGAUGGAAGCAAUCAACAUUCACAAGACAAAGAUAGCCGUAAAAAGCAUGCAGUUGUUGGAACACCUGAUUAUCUUGCACCUGAAAUACUUCUUGGAAUGGGUCAUGGUAAAACCGCUGAUUGGUGGUCAGUAGGUGUUAUUCUCUUUGAGGUUCUCGUGGGUAUUCCUCCUUUCAAUGCAGAAACCCCACAGCAAAUUUUUGAAAAUAUAAUCAACAGAGAUAUACCAUGGCCUAAUGUGCCAGAUGAGAUAUCUUAUGAAGCAUAUGAUCUGAUCAACAAGCUGCUAACCGAAAAUCCUGUCCAAAGACUAGGUGCAACAGGGGCUGGAGAGGUGAAGCAGCAUCAUUUUUUCAAAGAUAUAAACUGGGACACACUUGCCAGGCAAAAGGCUAUGUUUGUACCAUCGGCUGAACCACAAGACACUAGCUAUUUCAUGAGCCGGUAUAUAUGGAACCCGGAAGACGAAAAUGUUCAUGGAGGCAGCGAUUUUGAUGACCUUACAGACACGUGCAGCAGCAGCUCUUUCACCACACAGGAGGAAGAUGGUGAUGAGUGUGGUAGCAUAGCAGAAUUAGCAAACGGACCCAAUCUUGCUGUGAAGUAUUCCUUCAGCAAUUUUUCUUUCAAGAACCUCUCACAACUGGCUUCGAUCAACUAUGAUCUUGUCCAAAAGAACGCUAAGGAAUCAACAGAGGCUUCAAACCCAUCAGCCCCUUGACCAAAACCGAAAAGAAAAACUAGCUCUGGGCCCCAAGUGUGAUGAUGAAUAUGUGUAUUGAGCAUCUACUUCAAGUGCUGAUUGGUUUCUGGUUCAUCAGGCCGUUGGUCUCUUCUCUUUGGGCAAGAAUAAAUGGGAAGCAUAGCAUUAGAUAGGAAGCAAAAAAGAGCUGCAGAGAUCUCAUAUCUGAAGCAGCCUGAAAACCUGAAACUCCCUCAAGAUUCUUCAAGAUUACUACUCUCUCUCUCUAUCUCUCGCAUAUGUAUACAAAAAGUAACAACUCUUUUUUUUUCCGUUGUUGUUUACAUAUGAUAACAAAGACCCAGUAAACCUAUUUUGAGGAA